UACAUCUGAGUUAAAUAAAACUCUUCCAAGUUCUUGUGUUAUUUUACAAGUGAUCUUCAAACCAAGCUGACUUUUAAAUUUUAACGGCUUCGAAUCGGUGUUCUAAAUUCAUUUUUUUUUAGAUUUACUUUGUUCAAUUGAAAGGACUGGCCGUUAUCAAACUGAGCUUUAUGGCUAUUGAAUGACGUUCGAAUAUUUUUUUUAGAAUUUUUUGUGAAAAGUGAUUUGAAUAGCGAUCGAUCAACUGCAUAGUUCCUAGAGGAAUAUAAAAUGUGUUUUUCAUUUAAAAAAGACCUUGUGUCCACUUGUGGUGCAUAAUUUUGUUACACGAGUCAUCUUGAUUCGUUUAGAGAUACGGACCAUUUUUCACUAUCACAUUGAAUUUCAAAUAUGGCUUUAUAAGCUGGGUUUUUUAUUUUUUGUGGACUAUUUUGGAACGAAUGCUUGUGGAAGUGGUUUAGUGCUUUGAGAAAGGAACUGGAGGCUAAACAUGAGAAACGUCAACAUAUUCGCAGCGAGGCUGGCAACCCUACUGGUAUUGCACACGGGGGGCGCCGGCCUAGCAUCGCCCACAGUCGUCACACGGCCCGCAAGCGUACAAUGGCUGCCCACAGAUAACCAAACUGUCUAUACGUUCCCACCGGGAGAAAUUCAAAGUUUGGAGCUGAACACUUCAUCGAUAUCAGCUCCUGUGUACGUCACAGUCAGUCCGUGCACAAGGGACGUACGCUGGGCCCUUUUUAGGGGCCACAUCGGGAAUAUGGACGAUCAACUGACAUUUGUGAGAGAAUAUAUUGGUCGACAGAUGACGACCCUAUUAGUAAAAGUAUCUCCGAACGAGAGAUACGUAUUACAGCUAUCGUCGGAAGCCGGCGGUGCGGCGGCGGUCAGUGUUCGUGGGGAGCCGCCGAGAGCAGUACGAUUAAGAUUACGCGUCCGAUCACGACGGAGGCUGUCCGCCAACUGGGACCCUAGCCCAAUAGACCCCCAAACCACAACCUACUGCAUAGUGGCAUCUCACCGAAUGAACUACACAUCGCUAUGCGCAGCCCAAUACGACUCCAACCCUACGGAUUGUGUUUACAACAGGCAGAACAGAACAGCAGAGAACAGAGUUGAAGAGUUCUACAGUAUUCAUGGAGGAGAUAUCAGAAGACGAAAGUAUGGACGCAGUACAAAGGUGUCUGACGAAGAUCCAUUGGUGACCUGCGUUGGGGUCAGAACACAUCAUUUGAUCGAGAAUCUGGACCCUAGUACGACCUACUUCGUGAGUGUUUUUGCCGUCGCGCGCGACCGCAGGGCGGGGUCCCUUCUCGCUACCGGCAGCGUCCGGCCAAAGUCAUCACCAGCAAGAAGACUACGGGAAAAUACACCUUACAGAACAGACAUUAAGGGCAAAAGUGUCUUCUACUUUAAGGCGAAUGUCGGUUCUCCUAUAUUUCUCUCCGUGUCAACGUGCGGAGGAACAGUGGACAUCGAGGUUCUGGUGAAAGGGAAGCAGAUACACAUCGCAAGGAAUAUCGAUCGCUACCUCAAGUUCUCCGUGGAACCGACUAAUUCAAUUCAGGAGACCAGCGAUGAAGGUUCAGUGCAGUUCGAGUCAAGUUCUGAAGAGGCCAAAGUUCGAUAUGUAGUGAGGAUCCGACCAAGCCGGUUGGAGGAAGAGGCAGUUGGGGUUGAGCUGACAGCAUCAACAUCCCGCUGGGGCGUCAUAGAACCAGAAUUAUCGGACGACAGUGCAACAGUGAGAGAGCUGAGGCCGAAGCGAACCUGCUCGUCUAUCGACGUGGCCUUCUUGCCAGCGUCUCAUUACGCCAAUGACGUCAUCAGGUACUGCAUAGUGGCUCGAGAGACGAACAGCGGAAACCUAUACUCAUGCUCACCGAAGGUAGCUGCAAAAGCGUGUUUCAACAGAGUACAACGACCAGCAUCACGAGUAAUAAAGCAGAAAAUAACUGGACUGAACAGUGCAAGAAAAUACGCCAUACAAGUGACCGCGUCCAGCAAAGGAAUAUCUGUGCCAUACAAAACUUUAUACGUCGACUUCGUUUGUGAUGAAUAAAUUGUACAAAUAUACUUGUCGGCGGCCAAUCGCAUGCCAGGUUAUAAAAAUCUUAGGCAUUUAGUGAAAAAAAAAAAUAUUUUUCUCGAGUCGACGCAGCCCCGCAUUGCGGGGCUUCUUCUUCGGGAAUAUGAAUGAAUUUGACAAGUCUGUCUCUUGUCACGUUACAGUUGGUAUUAGAUAUGAACUUUUCGAACGAGCAAAUUUUAGGAUCGGCGUACACGUUCCACUGUAAAUUUUAACUUUAAAACAAUUUCCUGUUUUUAGUAAAGUGGCGAAAAAGAUGCAACAUUUUGAAGUAUUUAUUAUAAUUAUGUAGUUAGAAAAUGAUAUUUUUAACUCUAUUAAAGCCAAACCAUGCUUUGCAUUAAAACAUUGUUUAAAUAAAUUAUGUACAAAUCGAUUAUUUUCU